GAUAGCCUAUACAAACCACCGAGCUGAUCUGAUGAUGAAUUAAUUCUUUCUACAGAUUGCUUGCUGCCUUUGUCCACUCAGUUUGUAGUUUGUUUCAUUGCGAAAAAAAUAAGGGCCUUACUUGUAAAUUCGUUGGUAAUUGUAUACAUGUAAAGCAUUAAAAGUAAUUGUUUGGUGAUAAUUUAAAAAUUUUGUUUUACAUACAUUGGAUUAUUUUAAUAUAACAUUAUUUUGUUUUAUUUUGAGAUAAUAAUUUGGAAUUGUAAAAAGUUUAGUUGUUUGUUUAUUGCUCAAAAAGUCGAUAGCAUUUUUGGCAAUUAUUGAAAUGGAUUUAGCAUGAAACCAUAAAAUUGAAAGUUCGAUGAAUAUUGCAAAUCAACCACAUAGUUUAAAAUGAAUUACCCCAAAUACUUCGACAGCACGGCACUGCCAUACAACGCGACACCAUUCAACGACACCAACCAUUUCUGGUUUGGUCGACACAAGGGGAACGCCGAACAGAACGCCUGGGUCUUCCUCUCCACCAUCCUUCUCUCCCUCACUUCCUUACUGGGCAACUCGUUGACGUUGAUUGCAUUUCUCAGCUGGAGGCAAUUGAGAACAGGUCAGAAUAUUCUGCUCUGCAACGUUGCUUUCGCUGACAUCAUCUUCACCAUCUGCUCAUUCAUCCCCGCCAUCAUCACGCACAAUCAUGUGCCAGGCGAGGAGGCAAACGAAAGCAUCAAUCCAGUUAGCAUUUUAAAAGAAAAUAUAAACAACAAAAACAGUGUGAUCAACAAUCUCGAUGGUCAUCAUCAGAACGAAGUGAUGUGUCGGGGCAUUCACUACUUGCUAUCCGUCACGUUGUACGUUGCCAUUUACUCGCCAGUGGCAGCUUGUGUUUUUCGAUUUUUUGCAGAAACACUUCGAAACGGGCUGCGAUGUGCCCGCAACAGAAGACGAAAAAACAAAACUCGUUACUCAUUAGCACAACAGCCACAACAUUCUUAUCAACAGAAUAAUAAUGGUUACAUCAACAAUAACAUAGCUGAUAAUAAUUACACUGAUAACAUCCUUACGGUCUGCAACUCCAUAAUAUCGUGCGCUGUUAUCUGGUCAGCCUUCUUUCUAUCAAACAUCAACCUCCUUCAAAAUCUGACCACUAAUCCGAACAAUUUAAUGUCAUCGACAAGCAUCAUCGGACUUCACCAGUCUUUCAUAUGCAACGACAUCUACAUGGCCUCCAUUCAACAACAUCAUCUUCAAAAAGAAAUCAACUUGCCAUCAAUGGUCUACCAGCAACAUUUGAGCCAACAACAAAUACUUCUCCAGGAACAACAACACCGAUACAGGCAAAUGCAAAUCCUCAACGAACAACAUGAUGUUCUCACAAUGAACACUUCCACCAGGCUUCGAACGCUUUGGCUCAUCUUCCUAAUUUGCGCAUUUCUCGUGCCACUUGCCAUCAUCUCCAUCUUGUCUGGCGUCCUUCUUUUCAGACUUCACUGCCGACCGCCACCGACUCGCAACCCACUCGCUGACGUCAUACCGCGUGAUACAGUGACGUCGUACUCAACCUCUGGAGCAGCGGCAUUGUCUGAGUACGCGGCCACGAUGACUUCCCAGAGAGACAACAUCAUCCUCAUCAUGGCAGUCUCCGUCUCGAGGUCAUUGUGCUGGUUGCCAGUGCAGAUCUGCCUGCUUCUCGAUGUUUUUGGACCCAACUCAGAGAACAACAGAUGGAGCAGCUUUCACAUGAACGUCGAACUGCUUGGUACCAGUUUUGCUCUCCUGGGAUGUUCUCUCGAUCCCAUCAUCUACUACUUCACUUCUGCUGAUUUCCGUCGCUCCCUCCUUAGGACGAGCAGACGAUUGUGCCGACGCGACAAAGGACCGAAGCAUCUUGCACUCGAGAGAUUGAGCCAGGCGAGAAAUCAGCGCAAUCAAAACGAACGUUCAAGCAUUAACAAUGGAGACAUCGGCGGAGUGUACGAACGCUGCGGUAGUGGUAGUAGUAAACGUCCAACUGAUAAUUUCGACCCCAAGUACAAUUCGCUCUUGAAGAACAGUGAGGCGGAGGCCAACGAGACGAUUCUUUCAAUAAUUUCUGACAGCUCCAACCGUAUCAAUUACACGUGAUUCUCCACAAUAUUUAUUUAUUUUCAUUUUUUAUUUUAUUACUUGAUUCGUAAUAGUUUUUCAAAAGUUUUUAUUAUGACUAAUAAACAACAGUUGACAAGGUACUUUUUCAAUUUUUUGAAAUUUCUGCCGUUCAUAUUUUUCAAUGUGAUUACAGAAAUGAGCAUAUUCACACUGUUGAUGGAUUCUCAAAAAUUUUAAUUGAGCCUUCA